GUGUCCAACGUCCAUAGCGUUAACCUGAAUGAAAACAUACCAUCUAGCUAGGCGAGCAGGCGGUGUGCUUCACCUCCACCUGACAGCUCUUUCAGCACACCCGUCUAACCGUGUAUGAUCUGGCAUGUCUGCAGCCGACUGGUACGCGCACAAAUCGCUCGGAGACGGACUGUUCUGGAUCCAGGAACGCUUCUAUCAGUCGCAGAACCGGGCUAAUAUAUGGCUGCUGCGCGGCUCCCACCAGGACGUGGUGAUCGAUACGGGACUAGGCUUGCGGAGCCUACCGGACUAUAUCGACGCUAUGGGCUUGCUAGGCAAAGACCCGCAGAGGAAGAACCCGCUGCUGGCCAUCGCCACCCACGCUCACUUCGACCAUUCCGGAGGCCUGCAUCAGUUCCAACAGGUGGGCGUCCACAGCGCUGAGGUGGAGGCUCUAGCUAACGGGGACAACUACGAGACCGUCACCUGGCUGAGUGACAGCGACAUAGCCGAGGCUCCCAGUCCUGGAUGGAGGGCCAGGCACUACAAAGUGAAGGCUGUGCAGCCCACACACAUCCUGCAGGAAGGUGACGUCAUCAACCUGGGAGACAGACAGCUGACGGUGCUUCACAUGCCGGGUCAUUCCAGGGGCAGCAUCUGUCUCCACGACCGUGACAACAAGCUGCUGUUCAGCGGAGACGUAGUCUACGAUGGCGCCAUGAUCGACUGGCUGCCAUACAGCCAAGUCAGCGACUAUAUCAGCAGCUGUGAGCGUCUGGUGGGCCUGGUGGACAGCGAGCAGGUGGACCAAGUCCUGCCAGGACACUACCAUACCUUUGGUGCCAAACGCCUCCACCGAAUCGCCACCCAAUACAUCAACAGGGCGGGAACCUGCCCGGCCAAGUUCUCCACUUGGGCGUGGAGCACUGUGGCCGGGGUGGCGUUGAGGGCUUCUCACCCGAGGAGUGUCUGCUGAUUGCUUGCUGGAGCUGCUGGAGGAGGAAGCACAAAAUGCACAAUAAAAGAAGCCUGUAUUUAUCUGUAAGUGACAUAUAAGCAUCCACGAGAAGUCCUAUUAUUGUCAAACUUUCUGUAUAAUAUGUUCACAUUGAAUGACAUAAUCAGCGUUAUUUGAAGCCUACUAUAUAAAGCACUGAUCAGUGUGAUUGUACUUGAUGUAUGGUUUUCUAUAUAUAUAUAUAUAUAUAUAGCACAAAUGUGAUACAACACAGCACUGAGGUAUUAAAAGCAGAGUCAAUAUGUCUAUAGUACUGUAUGUAUACUCUAUGCAUACUGCAGGUGUACUACUGCAGGGACUCUACUACCUCCCAUGUUUGUAACAGUGCUUUGCACUAUUAAAGCUUGGCUAUUUCAACAUUGACAAUAAAGCCUGCAU